UAGAGCCUUAAAAACCGCCCCAAAUCCGCCAUGAACGACGACUACAUCACUAUCUCCUCCCAUUUCAACCCAAACCCAAAUAGUUUCAGGACUUUCACUGUUACUUUCUUCUCGACCCCCAUUACGACCACCGUAACCGCCACCCCCUCCGUGGUCCGCGACUGGCUUCACAGAGUCCUUCGUAUCCACAGUUCCCGACGAGACAAGCUCGUCGUCGGCCUCGGCGUUCAAUGGAACCCUUUCUCUUCCGUCCACUCGCCUCCAGCGGCCACUCUUCAGCUCUGCAUCGGACGCCAAUGCCUCAUCUUCCAACUCCUGUACGCAAACGCCGUGCCUUUAUCUCUCCGUCGCUUCUUGGUCGAUCCUCGUAAUACUUUCGUCGGUGUUUGGAAUCUUUUUGACGCGGCCAAGCUGUAUUGGUCGAACCAUAGGAUUUGGACUUCUAGGCUGGUCGAUGCUCAUGAUUUUGCUGCUAAGAGACGUGGGUUAAGAAGGGAGUUGUCGAUGGAGAAAUUGGCUCAGAUUAUUUUGGGUACCGGUGGUGUUAAGAAGCCUAAAACGAUUGGUUGCAGUGCUUGGGACACUUAUCGUCUUUCUGUGGAGCAAGUCCAGUAUGCUUGUGUUGAUGCUUAUGUUAGCUUUGAACUGGGGAAGGCAUUGGAAGUUUGGGAUUGGGAUGAAUAUGAAGGCUACUAA